UAAAGAAGAAGAAACAACCUAAAAUGUAGUGCGAGAAACUGGUGUAAACAUAUAUCAUGAGAGAGAAUUAUUUUCUUCCCAGGCUAUGACACAUUUUCGAGGUCAGAUACGGGGGCCACACUGGGGCCCCACCAUGGACAACAUGCUGAUAGAUUUCUGGCGUAGACAUGAAUGCCUUUUUAAUUCCUCGGUCGAUGCUUACUACGAUAAGGAUUUGAAGACCAAGCUGUGGACCGAGUUCGCCUUGUCCAUCGGAAAGCCUGUAUCUGAUGUUGAGAGAAGAUCAAGAUCACUCCGGACUCAGUAUGGGAGGGUGUUAUGGCACCCAGAGAGGGUCAGCACUGCCCAGCAAAAAAUGCUUAGGGAGAAACUUGAUUUCUUGAGGCCUUACAUAGUUCGUAGGCGAGGUGAUUCAUUUCUGGAGGACAAGUUUGAUGAUCGGGAAGAGGAUGAUGAGGAGUUGGAGACUGAAGGAAGUAUUGACCAGGAGAUGGGAAAUUCAUUUGAUAGCUCACUGGAUGCCGAUGUGACUGGGCAGGAUCUGAAUAAUGAACCCCACCCGUCGUCGAGCCUGAACCCCACUCCCCUGCUCUGUCCAAACCUGCAGCCUCAAGUUACAGAGGUUGUGUCUUUGAGCUGUUCUCACCAUCACAAUGAUGAGGGUUCUGCUGAUCAGGCUGACCAAACAGCUGCACCACACACAUCCAAACACAACAUACUAAACCAGUUUGCAGAGGUUAUGUUGGCGGAUAUGCGUCAGAUUAAAGACCCUAUGGUACUAAUGAGACUCCGCCGAGAUAUCACUGACCUGGUGUUCAAAGCAGUGGAAGAGGACGUGAAGAGACGAUGUGCUCAGGCACCAUCCAUGUCCAUGCUAGUAGAAAGCACGCAGUUACACAGCUGCUCCAGGCCCCAACAUCAGGCACCUUCACAAACAAACCACUCUUGGAGGCAGAGGUUUUUGAAGAGAAGGAGCAAAGGGUGUGAGAUCGGCAGAAGGAUACAGAGUUGGGAGGAGAUGAAGCACAUGAGGAGAAUGUCCAGGAGUCAGUUAUUACAGCCUGUCCAGCAGGGCCAAGCACCAGAGGGGAUGAGUGAAAACGGCUCUCAGAUUAUUAUUCAGGCUUCUGAGAUCAAAAGAGAGACAGAGCCACACAUGGUUAAGAUUGAGGACGAAGCGCUUCCAUCCGCUUGACAUUUUAGACACAGGGUUGCCACUAUUUCUCCUGAUUACAGUCGUCUCAGUCAGUGAGUGUAGGUUAGAAAGUUUCUCAAGAAUUGAGACACUUAAAUCAGUCAUUCAACAGUAAUUGAUAACAGUAGAAAUCACAUACUGACAUGUACCAGUCUUGUAAAUUGCCCUCUUUGCCACUCAGAGGUCCUGGUAUUUUUAACAUCUUAGCACUUAGUGGCACUUCGUAGAGGAUUCCAAUUAUCCAUGUUGAUACCAGUAAAAGACGUGGGACUAUUACCAGGAUAAAGAGGUAUCUGAAGACUUAAGGACAAUAAAUUGUAAUACCAAGGACCACAUGCAAAAUCAGAAAUCAAAGCAGAAAUCCUUUAUUUGCCUUUUCAAACAUAAAAUGUCUAGUUUUUAAUGAAUCUAUGCCUUUUAAAUAUAAUAAUCCAGACUAACUGAUACUUGGUCUGUACCGUAAGGUUGGUAUUUAAUAUGGGUGUGACUUUCAAACCUGAAAACUCACAGUCUUACAAGUGUGAUGUGUGAUUUCUGGAUAAUUCUGAGCUGUAAGCACAAGGCAGUGGACGCUGUGUGAUCCGACUGGAAUACGUGAUGCUGAAUGGAUAUUUUGAUGUUCUGCUCCUAUUAAAGAGAAAAUGCUGGUUUCA